ACCAAGAAGAAGAUUUUCCUCCUUUGGUAGAGGGAACAUGGCAGCAAAUAGAGGAGUGGGGACCCUCUUCCUGGUCCUCCUGCUGUCCAGCUGGCCAGAGACCAACUUGCAGCCGAUAAACACAUCCUCAGGCCCAACUACUGGAGGGUCAAUCAGCUUGAAAACUCAAGACCUGCGUGCAGUGGUCGGUAAGAACCCCUGGUGCCAAACAUCUGGGCCAUGGGGAGGCUGUGCCGCGACGGAUGAGAUUCUAGUCCAAGAGAUUUUGGAAAGAAACAAAUCAAAACUUCCUGACACAUACAGAACAGCAUCAACACUAUCGAGGGUCCACACAGAAAAAAAGAAGAGAAUACUGGUGAGAUUCCGUACCUCACUAUCCCUGAGAACAGCCAGGAGCCACAGGCCUCUCCUCAAGAUUAAUACACAGGUGAAACAGAAUCUGACAGCAUUGUUGGGAAGUGACAGAAACAGGAGGUGGGGCCUGGCUGGAAGGGGCCAAUCACAGGAUGUGACCUUGGGAUUGACAUCCUGGGUCUUCUGUGCUUGUCUGCUUCUGACUGUCAUGUGUCAGCUCUUCUCUGCCAGGACACCUCUGCCUCAACAUGGGCCUUACCCUGGGCAAUAGAGCCAGCUGACCAUGGAUGGGACCUCUGAA